AACUCACAAAUGCGAAACGCCGAUUUCGAUAAACUCCACAGGUGUAUAAAAGCACUACGCGCCCACGGGAACGCAUUCAGUUGUGCCAGUGACUUACUAUGUGUCAAUUUAGUGGACAAUUAGUUUUGCAAUUAAUAUUAUGUUUGGCAUUUGGCCAUAUUUAUGGCCAACAAAUGUUCGAGCGUAUUGUUGGCGGGAUAGCGGUGACACAAAAGAAAUAUCCAUAUUAUGUGCGUCUGCACUAUCGGGGAGAGUUCAAUUGCGGCGGUUCGUUGGUGCGGAAUAAUGCUGUACUCACGGCAGCACACUGUGUGAAGGACCCCAGUGGGAAGGACCUCAGUGUGGAGGCACUGAGCGUACACGCGGACACCAUAAAUUUGGGCGACACUGGAGUGGUGAGAACGAUCAAGUACGCGCAGGUUCCAAAAGAAUACGAUGCGAAGACUCUAAAUUAUGAUGUAGCGGUGUUGAUACUCUCUUCUACCAUACCGAGUGCAUCGGUGAUACCAUUGGGUAGGAGCGCGGUCGCUGCCGGUACGAAGUGCCUAGUUAUUGGUCAUGGGGACACCGAAGAAAAGACGCCGGUCUUCUCACGACAAUUACAAGAGAUCCAAGUACCUGUUGUGAGUCGGGCAGUUUGUCAGCGCGAAUAUUACGGUAUCCGCGUUAUUACACAAUAUAUGAUGUGCGCUUCGGAACCGGGCAAAAAGGAUUCGUGUACGGGUGAUUCUGGCGGUCCGAUGAUAUGCAACGGUAAACAGGCUGGCAUUGUUUCGUGGGGUGAGGGUUGUGGGCGUGUCGAAUAUCCGGGCGUUUACACAGAUAUAAGCAAGGUGUAUGGUUUCAUUGAAAACACACUUAAAAUGUAUCCCAACAAAUUCCGCCUACAUUCAUUUGCCGGCCAGAAUUCAGCCAUUAUAACAAAGCAAUUCAAAAUGGCAAAAGAGCAGAACGGCGCGAGGAAGCGGAAGAGGGAAAAAAUCAACUAGGAAAAGUACAUAAAACGCAAUCACAAUCAUCGACAAUAAUCUGCAGCAGCAGCGGCAGUGGCAGCGGCAGCAGUACACAAAAAGUGCUUAUUAUAAAAAUUCACAGUUUUCAAUGAGAUGCAAAUAAAAAGCGAACAAAAAAAAACAACAACGACAAAAACGGGAAAAUAAAAACAAGAGGCAAGCAAAAAAUGCGCGCUGAAAUGGCUUUUAAAAAUCAUAAUGGCAGCUAGUAACAAGAGUUUGAAAUACAGCACAAAAAUCCGCACCGCAGCAAGCAAAGCGCGCGAGCACACCCACCCCACGCCACCACGCGCGCUCACAACUACCAACCCAACGAACAAACAACGGCACACCACCACGCGGCGCAUCGUGCCGCCAGCCGGGGCU